UUCACUGAGUGAAGAGAUUCAACAACUGCUGACGAUAUUUGCGCCCAUUUUUGACUUGUGUUUUACUUUGAAAUACCGAAUUUCAUAUUUGUCCUCUGUGCCAAAAGAGGAGAAAGAUCUUCAAGAUGAAUGCUCCGUGCUCAAGAUGUAAAAAGACGGUAUAUCCAGUGGAAAAGUUUUCGUGUUUGGAUAAGAUUUGGCACAAAGGCUGCUUCACAUGUGAAACUUGUAACCUUAAACUUACAAUGAAAACAUACAAAGGCUACAACAAGCUACCAUACUGCAAUACGCAUUACCCAACAACAAAAUUCACAGCUGUAGCUGAUACACCAGAGAACCUACGCCUUUCCCAACAGACAAAGAAUCAGAGUGAUUUGGUGUACCACAAGGAUCACAAAAGUGACUUGAGCAAGUUCUCCAAGGUCACUGACACGCCCGCUUCAGAAACCUUUAAGAAGAACCAGAUGAAUAUCAGUGAUGUGCACUAUCAGAAUAAAGUAGGACAGCGUGACCAGAUGGAAGCAGCGAGGUUAGCCGGACAGAGUGGACAACAAAGUGAUGAGGGAUUUGACUACAACCCUGCACAAGAACUUGAGACAGCCCUAGGCUCUGUGUGGAGGGGUGCAGGUGGUUAUGCCCAGCCUCCUCCUUCUCAGCCACAAGUCCAAGCACCACCACCACAGGCGUACAAUACUCCACCACCACAGGCGUACAAUCCUCCACCAGCCGCCGCCCAGCCACCUCCUCAACCAAAAUCUAGUGGGCCGAAGUAUGUAGCUGUGUAUGAUUACGCUGCGGCUGAUGAAGAUGAAGUUUCCUUCAGAGAGGGCGACGUCAUCAUUGACGCUACCGUUAUUGAUGAUGGCUGGAUGGAAGGAAGAGUCGAGUCGACUGGAGCCCACGGAAUGCUGCCUUCCAACUACGUUGAACCCAUGUAGACGCCGGCAUAAAACAGUGACAAACGCCUCCCUUUGUUAAUUUAGGUGGCCAUUAUAUAGCAUGUACAAACACAGAAUGUAUACUACUAGUGGAAAAUGAUGCUAACAAUUUUUUGAUUAUUUUUGUUUGACCUUAGUUGGGAUCUCUGGCCUAACUUCAUGGCUCUGCUUACUGCCAAUUUCUGUGUUUACAGGGCAAGCAUCAUUUCUGUGCAGCUGUGUAAGCAAUGAAUGCCUAGUAACAUGGAGUACGCAUGUGCACAAGCAGAAAUUCCUCGUAAACCUAUGAAAUAUACUUGAUGUAAUGCGCGGAAUUUCCUGCUCUGUAAGUGUUGAUUCUUUGCUUACGGUAAGCAGAGCCAUGAAAUUUGGCACAGGUUGCCGCGGUGGUACUGUCCCUGCUAAGAGCCUCUGUAGGUCCGGGUUCACAUCCCACGUUGGAUUGGUAUCAACCGGUUGAGGAGAUGUUCUGUCCUUUUUCACCCUUCUUGAGUUUUCCUUUUUUCCUUCCGCAUCUAAAACUGACAUUUCAUCUUCAUCAGAAUGAUGCUUUGAAGGUGGAACAGUCGGAUUGUAUGUGAACCAAUCUUGACAAUAUCUCUCUCCGUUUUUACUUCUUUCAUAGAAAUUUUGUAUGAACGAUUUGGUAGUGACGUUGAUGAAGAAAAUGGCUUUGGUCUGAAGUGCUUAACACUUCCAUGACAUCAGAUUGUUUUUUAAUACCAACUUUUAGUGCCUGGACAAGCACACGAAGUGACUUCUUGGGCCUUUCUUUCAAUAUAAUUCAACCAAUUCAAUGGUUUGUUUUUUCAGUCCUGUUUGCAGUGACCUCCUUCCUGACAUAAAAUUCCUCUCUGAAAUUAAUCAACUUAUUCAAGAUGUAAUCCCUCAACAUUUUAUCUCACACUAACAAUAUUGGUGCUUUAUUUCUAUAUCAGUCGAUUGUCUCUAGACCCGGAUUUCUUCCUUCUCAAUGCAGAACUUGUUUUUACGACCCAAAUCAGCUGGCGAGUAUUCAGGAGACAUGCCUAGGUGGCUGUUCUAAAUUAGUAUUAUAAUUUUGUUAAAAUCAAUGAUGAAUUUAUUUGUCUGCAUACCUCAAGGUCUACACCCAAAGUGAUUAAUACAGACCCCUGUGAAUUGUGUCAUAGUCACCAGACUAUUUUCUACGACAGUCUCGUAUUCUUAAAACAUGAACAAAUUAUUGUGUCACUCCCUGGAAAAAGUUUCUUUUAAGAUUUUUUGGAGUGACUCAAGGAAAGUUGUCUUGAAAUAUUUGUUUUUCUUAUUUUAAGAGUAUCAUUUUUAGCAGUGCAUCUUAACCUUUUUGGUCGGUGGUAUUUUGGGGGAAAAUAACUCCUGGUUUGAGUCCAAUGCUAUUUCCAAAACAGCAGCUCUGCCUACGGCAUCCUAACCUUCUGGGGUCUUUAUUCUUUAUUCUUUUGGUUGUACUUAGGCUUGUGAAAUCAUAAUCGAGAGCUGUACUGGGCUUGUGCUUCAAAUAUUGGAUUUAAAAACAAAGUUAAAUGGAAGAGUCACAUUUUCUCAUGAAAAACUUAAAACAAUAAAAAAAUUAAUUAAACAAUAUUAUAUGCAAAUCUGCAAAGCCUUUUUGUUUUUUUGCUUUUGUACAAAUAUUCUGCAAAGUAAAUACGAUUUAAUAUAAAAGAUGGCAGUAUUUUCUGAAUACUUUUAAGAACAGACGAUUAAAAAUUAAUUCCAUUAUCCUUAAAAUUGAUUGCAUAAUAAUCAUGGUGAGUAGUGAUUUGGCAUUAAUUGCUUUCUAUGUUAAUGGACUGUUAUGAACAUUUUAAGUUUUCUUUCAUUUAUUUUGGUGUAUAUUUCUCCCAUGUUGAUGGAAUAAUAUUUUAUUAUAAGAAUGCUAAUUAAAAUUUAAAAACAGAUGCAUGCAUGCUGUAGCUGAAGAUGUAAGCUUUAGUUUGCCUCGUUAAGUUGGUGUUUAAACGACAACUUAAAACUGAGCACAGUCAAAACAAAACCUGUUUGUAAUUUUUCGCUGGUUUAUCAGACUUUUCCGUACACUUCAGGAAUGCAAAAUCAAUCAUCUGUUUUUUCUUUAUUUGAAAAGGUAAACAUGCUCAUUGAAAUAAUGUGUCCUAAUCAGUAGAAUGUGUUUGGUUUGUCCCAAACGCUUCGAGGUUGUAAUUGCCAAUAAAUCCAGUUGUAAUUUAUGACACAAACAUUACUUCAAUAAAAUGAAUAAGGUGAAAUGUAAAGCCUCAUUAUGUGUCAACCAAUCAUGUUUUGUGAUUAUGUACUGAAAAGUCAAACAAAGGUUUAAUUCUGUGCAUGUACAUUUAAUGCUUGUAGGACAUAUGCAGGAUUGUAUUGGAUACCUCGUAGACUGUUACUGAGGCACAAGACUCCCUCAAGUUUUUAACAAGGACCCUUCCUCACUGACAAACCCAACACCAACUCAACACUCAAACAGUCGGGACUCUGAUGAUGGUAGUAGGCCUGAUACUUAGUGCAGUCCACAAUCCAACAAAACCAAACGAAACAUACAGUUGGUUUUUGAAGGGUUUGGAAUGGUUAGGGUUCAUAGAUAAAUUUAUCUGUAUGUUCAAAGAUUAGGGUUUUGUUUUUGCGGAACUAAACAUUCUAGCCUUAUAAUUAAAGUCUACAUGAUGGUUACUGCAUGAACUUUCCUAAGAGAGUUGACAUAUUCCAAGGCAAAGGUCGAGUUACUUGCUUGAAAAGGUAACAAAGUAGUCAUGACUUCUCUAAAUAAUCCUGAUAGAAAAAAAGCUUGUUUUCGUUAUCCUUAUUUUAACAAAUAUACUCAGAUUCUUGUUUCAUUUGUCUGAAUGUUAUCAUGAUCUAUUGUAGCUAGUAUUUGUAGGACUGCAUUGUCAAAGAAAAGUGGUAAAGGAAAAUGUAUAAUUGUUGAAAGAUGUAUUUUUGUUGGGAAAAUUAACUCAUUUUUUCACCCACCUUUUGUGAGUCUAACAAUUUGUUUUGUUUUUAAAUGGUUUCAUUACUUUUUUAAACUAUUUUUUGGGGGGCGUCUUAUAUAUGUGGAAUGUUAUUGAGAUACAUCUGUAUUAACUAUCGUCAUGUCAUGCAGUUGUCAUGACAACAAACUAACAAACUUAAAUUCAUUGGAUGUAGUAGAAUGUCUUGAGAAAUUUUUCUGACUUUUCUUUUCACUAUUGUGUACCAUGGUUUCACCCUCGUUGUAGGACGCAGAUUUAAUACUGUGUAAAAUGAAUGUACAGGGUGUAAUCAGUACAAAUGAAUUUUGUAUUAUGGAUAACAAUUCUUCCAAUAAUUCUUCAAAUUUUAUUUUAUUUCUGGCAAAAAAAAAAAAAAAAAAAACAAGUUAAAUGCGUUACAUCUUGCAUGUAAUUUUGAAUAAUGCAUUUAGUGGCAAAAACUAUUAGUAGAAAUUGCAUUAUUUGCUUUAUUAAGUAGGUCACGUAUGUAGCACAUUGUGCCUAUUAAAUGAUGAACCCAAUUUCCUAA